AUGAUGGAGACGUCGCUGAUGGAGGCGGUGCUGAGCGGCGGCACCGGGGAGUCGAUCCUGACAUCGAUGAAGUUUGCGGUGCUUCCGAUCGCCAAGGUGUUCACAUUGUGCUUCAUGGGCUUCCUCAUGGCCACCAGGUACAUCGGCAUCCUCGACGCCAACGGCCGCAAGCUUCUCAACGGGCUAGUGUUUUCCCUACUACUUCCAUGCCUUAUAUUCACUCAGCUUGGACGAGCAAUUACAGUGCAGAAACUGUUAGACUGGUGGUACAUUCCUGUAAAUAUUGUUCUGGGGACGGUUUCUGGUUCUCUAGUAGGCCUUCUCGUCGCGUUGAUUGUACGGCCGCCACGCCCAUAUUUCAAGUUCACCGUUGUCCACAUCGCCAUAGGUAACAAUGGAAACAUGCCUCUCGUCCUGAUCGCCGCCCUCUGUCGAGACUCAUCGAACCCGUUUGGCGACCCUGAGAAAUGCAAGCAGGACGGCAACGCCUACGUCUCUUUUGGGCAAUGGGUCGGGGCGAUUAUCUUGUACAGCUACGUGUUUCAGAUGCUCGCGCCGCCGCCUGGUGAAACCUUCGAUGGAAGCAGAGUGGAGAAGCCCCCUCCCCCGGCUAUGGCUGCUGCACCUGAACAAAUUCCCCUGCUAACCCCGCGUGUAUCUGAACAAGCACCCAAGUGCUCAAAAGCACUAGCAAUUCUGCACAUCUUUGUUGAGAAAUUUAAGCUGAAGCGAGUGUUUCAACCUCCAGUGAUUGCCUCGGCAUUGGGGAUUUCCAUUGGAGCAACGCCAUCCCUGAAGCACUUCGUGCUCACUAACGACGCCCCGCUAUUCUUCCUUACUGAUGCUUGCAUCAUUCUUGGGGGGGCAAUGAUCCCAUGCAUCUUGCUCGCGCUCGGAGGCAAUCUCGUCGAUGGACCAGGUCCGGGCAGCAAGAAGCUGGGACUGAGGACUACGGCGGCGAUCAUCUUCGGGCGGCUGGUGUUGGUACCACCGGCGGGGAUGUGCGUGGUCGCCCUGGCGGACAGGCUGGGGUUCAUCCCCAGGGGCGACACCAUGUUCAAGUUCGUCCUCCUCCUGCAGCACUCCAUGCCCACCUCGGUGCUCUCCGGGGCCGUCGCUAAUCUGCGCGGGUGCGGGGAGGAGUCGGCGGCGGUGCUCUUCUGGAUGUACGUGUGCGCCGUCUUCUCUGUCGCCGGGUGGAUGGUGCUCUACAUCAGGACGCUCUUCUGAGGCCUCUAUCCCUCAGUGGUUCCGUUCCACUUCACUUCCACCAAGCAAAUGUUACUCUGUACUCCAUCCACUCAGACCGAUACGCUGCUGUUGCCUAUUGCAGUUCACACGCGCCGACGAUGGUGAUGCUAGUACUAAGUAGCUGAGACACUGACAGUGACCUGCCGGCCGCGGACAAAGUUUGCUGUCAACGCUCUCGAUUCGUGCGUCCAGGACGUGUGUCUCACAAGACUCGCUGCCCCGGCCGGGAAAGGCUCGGCUCCUUCCUUUUGAUUUGUGUGGCGGGGACGAGAGACUGCAGGAUACUGCCGCCGCUGGAAAUGCAUUGCAGCUUCACAUAAACGACAGAAAAGGAAUAUGAACCAAGCAUUCGGUCUACACUAGAGUUAUUGGAUCAGUAAUCAGUAAAAGCUAGUAGUAGUA